UAGCCAAUCAGAGGUCUCGUUCUUCAGGCCGUUAACCAAGCUUGUAAAAAAAAAAAACACACACAAGGGUUUGUUUUAUGAUCAAUAUACCUCGUAAAGCGUAUCCGUGGCGUAUUGACAAACAGAGCACCUGUACCGUAAAGGCUCGUUCCCGGAGCUCGACAUGCCUUCAGCGUCUCUUGGUAGAGUCUAAACCUAAACCUCGGCUGUCAGACAUCAGGCAUAGCCUAGCAUAGCCUAGCCUAGCCUAGCCUAGAAAUGUCUGGACUGGUUUAGCUAAUGAUCUAGCUUUGCUAGCUAGAGGCCGUAAGGGUUAUACAAUGGAAGCAUGUCUUUCAUUGUGAGAGAAAAUGUCAUGUGUCGGAAUAUGAAUAGUGUGAUUAGAUUAUAGCUUUUAACACCAACAUACAGAUGUGUCUAAAUAUAAUAGAUCUGGUUCUGGAUAAUCGGAUAGACGGGCUUAGUCUAGUAGCUGAUCGAUUUAUGUCUUUUGUUAAAUAAUAUCAGUGUUUAGUAUCUCUGUUCGAUCAAAUAUAUAAAAGACGAAUUCAUACGAUAUCAUGUGAAUAUUUAUUAAAUAACAGGGAGAUUUUAACAGUAGCUACACCUAACUGUAAAUGAAGGUGAGUGUAAUGUUAUCAGAGAGUUCAUCUUAAUAAUGAAUCUAGUAUUUUCUGCUACCUGUGCUUUUGUACACAAACUCUGAUGCGUCAUUAAUUGAAAUCUAUUGGCAAAAACUAUAAUUACAUUUAUGUAUAUUAGUUGGUAAAGUCGUUAGUGCGCCACCGCGUGGUGAUUCCUAGCGACUCUGUCUACCUCGUCUGAAUUCACUGCACACAAUAGCUUACAAUGAAAACCUGUGAAUACCAACAAAUUGAUCCCAGAGCACUCGGAACCCCAGCGUCUACACCAGCUUCCACCCUGACACACACCAGAAAGGAGCUUCUCCCCCCGAGGAGGAAAUGGGAAGUGUUUCCUGGGAAGAACCGCUUCUACUGUAACGGACGGAUCAUCGUGGCCCAACAGUGCGGUGUGCUGCCGCUGACCCUCAGCCUUAUUGUCCUCACCACUACCUUAUUCUUUAUAUUUGAUUGUCCCUUUCUAAUGGAUCACCUAACCAUCUGCAUCCCAGUGAUUGCUGGAUUGCUUUUUCUCCUUGUGAUCAUCACACUACUUCGCACCAGUUUUACCGACCCUGGGAUUUUACCCAGGGCUUUACCAGAUGAAGCUGCUGAUAUUGAGCGUCAAAUAGAUAAUUGUGGGUCAGCUACAUAUCGACCACCACCUCGAACUAAAGAGAUCCUCAUAAACGGACAGCUGGUCAAACUCAAAUACUGUUUCACCUGCAAAAUGUUCCGUCCACCUCGUACUUCACAUUGUAGUCUGUGUGACAACUGUGUAGAGCGCUUUGACCACCACUGCCCAUGGGUGGGAAAUUGUGUUGGAAAGCGCAACUACCGCUUUUUUUACUUUAUAGUUUCAUUGUCAUUUCUUAUCUCCUUCAUCUUUGGCUGUGUGAUCACUCACCUCACAUUACGCUCACAAGAAGGGAAAGGCUUCGUACAAGCCUUACAGGAGAGUCCUGCCAGUGUUGUGGAACUAGUUGUUUGUUUCUUCUCCAUUUGGUCUAUCCUGGGUCUGUCUGGCUUCCAUACCUACUUAGUGGCUUCUAACCUCACAACCAAUGAAGAUAUUAAGGGCUCUUGGUCAAGUAAAAGAGGUGUGGAAGAAUCUGGGAACCCUUACAGCUAUAACAGUAUCUUCACUAACUGCUGUGUGGUUCUGUGUGGUCCAAUGCCUCCCAGCUUAAUUGACAGAAGAGGGUUUUUACCUCCAGAUGUCAUCCCUCAACCAGUCACAUCUGAAACUGAGCUCCAUCCUUUCAUGGCAAAGAAUGACAACAACAUGUGCACACAAGGUGCCAAGGAAAUUUUGGAAUCAGUUUCUCACUCCUCAGUGGUCAUGAGCAGCUGCAGUUCAGCCACACCCAAGACCACUCCAUUGACCCAGGAGAAUCUGCUAACUGCUGUCCCAAGCACUCUCAAGUCACCAUCUGGUAGGCCUUCAACCAGCUGCUUUGGAAGACAGAAAAACCAUGAGAUAGACAAGACCUGCUUUCAGCUAAUGAGCAAGACAUCCAAACAGGAUGCCCAGGCACUCAGCAUUCAUCUUUCAUCCUACUCUGUGAGCCAUAGUUCAUAGCUCAUUCUCAGCGAUGUGUCUGACAUGGGCUUACGCCCACUGAACACUGAGUCCAAAUGCACCAGCCCCAGCAGACAGGCAGAGCACCAGACCCCCGUUCACUCACUGGACUGAGAAUAUUCAUGCUCUGUUAAACAGAUGGCAUUUUGCUCAGGAAGUUCUCAGGGGUCAUACUGUCUCUAAACAGUAAAAAAAUAAAAUAAAAUAGCCCAUUGGACUAAAAAACUAUUUGACAAAAUUGCAAACAGAAGAUUGAUUUAUGAUUCAUUUUGGGUCUCCGUUUCAUCUACAGAGUGGGAAUAGUAAGAAGUACAAUACUCAUUUGACAAGAAGGGGCCGUUUCCUGUUCUCUCCACACUGUGCACAGCUGUGUUUGGUUCCACUAAGCCUUGAGAAAUAUUUAAGAUUUACCCAUUGACUUGCGUUCAUAGCAGUGACUUUUGUUUAAAGUUCAGAGUUGUGUAAGAAGUCUCCUGACGUGUGCUGCACAAACAGGCCUCACAUGUAUAACCAUUAUGAGCUAUGAAACACAGAAAGGAACAAAUAAUCAAAUUUAAUUUGUAAACAAUUACUGAGUGGAUGAGUGUUUAAGUAUGUAUUGUGAGAGCCUUAAAGGCUGUUUGUGGUUGUUGGUAAAUUGUUGGUCACUUAUUUAAGCUCUGGAAUGAUAGGAAGUGGUUUUCAGACCUUUAAAUUUAGCAGUGGAGUAGUUGCAGAAAUAAGAGUGGGCUCCUCCAAUAUUACCACCAGUAACACAACAAGUGGAAUGGAAGAGCUGUUUCUCUAUUUAGAAUGCUAUAUAAACCUUGCAGCAUGUGGUUGGACUAAAGGAGCAUACUGAGGAAGUAACAUUCACUUUACCAACCAUGUUCUUGAUCCCAGUCUUAAUAUUAAAAAAGAAAAGAAAAAGAAAUAUAAGUCAAGAGUGGACUAUUUCAGUGUGCUGCUCAGUACAGUGUAUUGAUUGUAAAGAGGUGCAGUGAAACUGUCCUUGAAAGCUGGGACUUCAUUUCGAUGCAAAGAGAAUGUUAAAUAAUGCUGACUAUGUGUGCAUUUGUUAAUGCUUUUCUAUACUUUUCAUUAAACAUGUAAACAGUGUCCACUAAAUGUUUAGGUCGGUGUACCCUGAGCACAUGCAGACGAGUUUGAGCAUCGCUGUCUAAAGAUUUGUUUGUUGGUUGACAAGAGUAUGACUUUGUAAUGUUGGUUUAUAGAAAUCUUAUAUAGAUAGAUAGUUAUAGAAAUUUUUGACAUUUUGCUACACCACAGGUAUUAAUUUCAGGUAUGAGUUAGUAAGAAGAAUACAAAUGCAAGUGUUGAUUUAACAAGAGUCAGACAAAUCAAGUAUUUCAAUUGGAUGGGGCUCUGAAAUUACCUGAGAGAUAACUAUUGUCUUCAAAGCAAAAGCAGAACAGUUUUGAAAGCAACUUAGCUGGAAUUCACCACUAAUUGAGGAAAUUUAUGCCGAGGAGACGGACAAUGUAGAAAACAUGCUGGCAGCUAUUGUUUUUCUUUUUUUUUAUGCUUUAACAGAAGUGAAACCUGUCCAAAUGUGAGUUGUCAUGUGAGCAUGCUGACAUUAUCAUUACUGUAGGUUUUAUGAAACUUAACACUUGGCUGAACCUGGGACUGUAAGAAUGUGUGUUGUAUUUAUUUACAUUAUUUUUUCGAAAACCACACAAGCCAGUGUUCAUAGACAAUACUGUUAAAGUGAUUGUUCCAUUACUGUAUACAGUACUGCACAAAAGUCUUAAGCACAUGUAAACAAAUGUCGCUAAGUAAAGAGACGGCAGAAUUAAACAAAACAUUUCUACAUACUAAGAUUUUAUAAAGAGCAGUAACCAGUAGUAAACAAAGUUCAUUAAAUUUGAACCCCUUUGCUUUAAAAAAACACAAACAUUUGUAUUUAUUUGUACUAUAUGUGCAGUUGUAUGAGGAAGUUAAUGUUCAUCAGUCAUCACUUAGGAUACUCUUUGAUCAGUUCCAGAAACCUGGUUGUCAACACUAGAUGGCACAUUUAUCCUUUACUUUAAACAAAUGCCUUUUCAGGCUUGUCUUGUUCUGGCUUGCGUAUUGUGUCCUAAUUUCAAGCACAUGAAAUUCAACACAUCCUUGUACUGCACUGCUGUAUGAUUUCUAUUCUCAUAUCAACAAGAUUCAUCACAUUAAAACUAUGAUGAAGCGAUGAGUAAAAGAGCAACAAAAACAGCUAUGCCAUUUUUUUUUUUUUUUUUUUUUAAGUUUUUCUUUUGGUUUUAUUCUCUUUUUCUUCCAAAUUUAGCGUGUACCUGAUAAAUAUCUCUCUAAAGCAACAGGCUCUUCUACUUGAGUCUGACACACAUAGUGCUGGUUCUUUGCCAGGUUCCGGUCUUACCAUCAAAAAAGAGGAAUGUUUAAAUGGUAUUUAUUCCUCAUUCUUUUAUAUGUCUAUGUUUGCCUUUGUAUGUUUUAAUAAAAACAAAUGUAUUGAACAACGAA